GCCCUCGGCCGGGAGCUGGGAGGCUGCCCCAGAGCUGCCGCAGUCGCCGCCUCUGCCGCCCGGGAACGGUCGGACCCCCCUGAGCCCCGCCGAGCCGCGCCCGGAGCCCGGCCGAGGACGCUGCCGUCGCAGCCCGGAGUCUGCAGCCCGCGCCCCGAACCCUGCGCUGCCCUCCGAGGGCGCCCCAGGCCGCGCCAUGGUGAAGGUGACGUUCAAUUCGGCCCUGGCCCAGAAGGAGACCAAGAAGGACGAGCCCCACAGCGGCGAGGAGGCGCUCAUCGUCCCGCCCGACGCCGUCGCGGUCGACUGCAAGGACCCAGAUGAAGUGGUACCAGUUGGCCAGAGAAGAGCCUGGUGUUGGUGCAUGUGCUUUGGACUAGCAUUUAUGCUUGCAGGUGUCAUUCUGGGAGGAGCAUACCUUUACAAAUACUUUGCACUUCAGCCAGAUGACGUGUACUACUGUGGAAUAAAAUACAUCAAAGAUGAUGUCAUCUUAAAUGAGCCUUCUGCAGAUGCCCCAGCUGCUCGCUACCAGACAAUUGAGGAAAACAUAAAGAUCUUUGAGGAAGAUGAGGUUGAAUUCAUCAGCGUGCCUGUCCCAGAGUUUGCAGAUAGUGACCCUGCCAACAUCGUUCAUGACUUUAACAAGAAACUCACAGCCUAUUUGGAUCUUAACCUGGAUAAAUGCUAUGUGAUUCCUCUGAAUACUUCCAUUGUUAUGCCACCCAGAAAUCUGUUGGAAUUACUUAUUAACAUAAAGGCUGGAACCUAUUUGCCUCAAUCAUACCUGAUUCACGAACACAUGGUUAUCACUGAUCGCAUUGAAAACAUUGAUCACUUGGGCUUCUUUAUUUAUCGACUGUGCCAUGACAAGGAAACUUACAAACUGCAACGCAGAGAAACCAUUAAAGGUAUUCAGAAACGUGAAGCCAGCAAUUGUGUGACAAUUCGGCAUUUCGAAAACAAAUUUGCCGUGGAAACUUUAAUUUGUUCUUGAACAGUGAAGGAAAACACGGAGAAAAAAUUAAUACCACAGCAUAACCCCACCCGUUGUAUUUUGUGCAGUGAUUAUUUUUUAAAAUUUUCUUUUAUGUAAGUAGUAAACAGGGCUUUUCAUUCUUUUCAUCUCUGAUUCAAUUAAAACCAUUAUCUUUUAAAAAUUACUUUCUUCUUUCCAAGUGUUGGUGUCUUUUAUCUUUGAAUUAGUAGUUAUAGGAAGUCACAGAUAAUAGUACACUUCACCCUAGGCUUUAGUUGUUAGGAAGAAUUUGAAUUUCUUUAAAUCAUUUAUCCAAUUUUUAUGUUUUAAUUACAUAUUUUCAAGAGAAGGGGUUAUCUAAAGAAUAAUCAUAUAUAUAUACAUACAUAAAAAUGGACCACAGUGACUUAUUUGUAGUUGUUAGUUGCCCUGCUGCUUAGUUUGGUAGAGCAUUUGAGCACACAUUUUAAUUUUCUUCUAAUUAAAAUGUGCAGUAUUUUCAGUGUCAUAUUUAACUAUUUAGAGUUGAUGUUUUAAUAUCCUAGGCAUCUGCUGUAAUAAUAUUUUAGAAAAUAUUUGGAAUUUAAGAAAUAACUUGUGUUACUAAUUUGUAUAACCCAUAUCUGUGCAAUGGAAUAUAAAUAUCACAAAGUUGUUUGACUA